AUGGACAAGAAAAUGCUGUCGCUCGUCAUACUAGCUCAUGCUUCAGAUGUUCUGGAAAAUGCUUUCGCACCGUUGAGUGAUCAGGAUUACGAGGUUGCAAUGAAAAGGGUUCGAUCAUUGUUGGAAUUGGAAUACGAUGCUCAGGCGGAAAAGAAAGGGAACGAAGUGAUGUGGGCUGUGUUUGAGGCGUUCAGCAACAUUCAAUACGUGGAAGGCAUGUGUUUUGCAUUAGAGCUGUCUAGCAGGGAUGCUGUCAUCGAUUUUUCGUUUUCUGCCAUGCCA